AUGGCGGAGAUUGGAGGAAUUGGUUGUGGCUGUCGCGGAGUCUCCGGCGGUAAUUUCUUCCAUCCCGGAGGAUUUUCUUUGAAAUCUUGUUUCCUCGAGCAGAGAACGAGGAGUAAUCGAAACUUCUUCCGAAACGUCUCUAUGUUCCCUCCUCUCAAACGCGGCCGCUUAAUCACAAAGUGGAGUUCCGUCGCCGGGAACAGCCGAAUCUUUAGCAUGGAUGCUCGGGAGAAAUCACGAUCAUUUGUGUUGGUAUCAUCAAGGCACAAGAAAGUUCCAGUUUAUGUGAUGAUGCCGAUUGAUACAUUUGGAAUCGAUGCUUCUGGGUGCCCAAUCAUUAAAAGGCUCAAGGCUUUAACUGUUUCUCUCAAGGCACUCAAGUUAGCAGGUGUUCAUGGAGUCGCAGUUGAGGUUUGGUGGGGGAUUGUAGAGCGUUUUUGUCCUCUUGAGUUUAAAUGGUCACUGUAUGAAGAGCUCUUCAGACUUAUUUCGGAGGCAGGGCUCAAGCUACACGUUGCUCUUUGUUUUCAUUCAAAUAUGCACUUGUUUGGUGGAAAGGGAGGCAUCAGUCUUCCACUCUGGAUCCGAGAGGUUUGUAUUGUUAAAAUUACAGUAUCACUCAGCAGCCUUUUAUUUUUACCAAUUUUCCAGAUUGGAGACGUCAAUAAGGAUAUAUACUAUCGAGAUAAAAACGGAUUCUCCAAUAAUGACUAUCUGACACUGGGAGUCGAUCAACUUCCUUUGUUCGGUGGUCGCACUGCUGUCCAAUGCUACGAGGACUUUAUGCUCAGUUUCUCUACAAACUUUGAACCAUAUUUUGGGAACGUGAUUGAAGAAAUAAGUAUCGGUCUUGGUCCUUCAGGGGAGCUUAGAUAUCCUGCACAUCCUUCUGGAGAUGGGAGAUGGAAAUUUCCUGGUAUCGGUGAAUUCCAGUGCCAUGACAAGUACAUGAUGGAAGACUUGAUGGCAGUGGCAUCCCAAGAAGGCAAACCUCAAUGGGGAAGCAGAGAUCCUCCAAAUGCUGGCUGCUAUAAUAGCUUUCCAUCUGGGGUUCCCUUCUUUGAGGAGGGCCAUGAUAGUUUUCUCUCUGACUAUGGUCGUUUCUUUCUAGAAUGGUACAGUGGGAAGUUGAUUUGUCAUGCUGAUGCUGUUCUUGCAAAGGCAGCCGAUGUUUUACGGAGACGUCAGGAAGAGGAGAAGAAAAGCUCUGUAAUGUUGGUUGCAAAAAUCGGUGGAAUCUAUUGGUGGUAUAAGACAUCUUCACACCCUGCUGAACUAACUGCAGGUUAUUACAAUACCGCCCUCAGGGAUGGUUAUGAUCCUGUCGCUUCUGUCUUGUCUCGACAUGGUGCUGCUCUGCAUAUUCCCUGCUUGGAUAUGGCGGACAGUGAAACACCUGAGAAGUAUCUUUGCAGCCCAGAAGGAUUGCUUAGACAGAUACACGAUGUUUCGAAGAAGAGGACAAUACAAGUGACUGGUAGAAACACAAGCGAAAGAUUUGAUGAGAUGGGACUAAGGCAGAUACGAGAGAACUGUGUGCAACCGAAUGGGGAGACUGUAAGAUCAUUUACAUUUUUUAGAAUGAAUGAGAAGAUCUUUAGGGUGGAGAACUGGAACAACUUUGUCCCUUUCAUUAGGCAGAUGAGUGCAGAAGUGUAA